UGAUUUUGGUGACGUUAUUCCAGGAGUGGGCGAGGGAGGGCGGCGCCUCCCGGGGCUGAGCCCCGCCCCCGCCCCUAUAAAUACGGCUUCCCAGGCUCUUUGUGGGGCCGCGAGCUCGGUGGAGAACCCAGAGCUCCGUCAGCUCUGCCAACGCCGCUGGCAGUGGGGCUGUCUCCGGGAGGCGGACCGGCGAACGCCCAGUGCCCGCACUCGGCAACCCGCAGCGCCUGUCUGCGCCCGUGACAUCCACACCCGGGACGCAGUGACCGUGUUUAAAUCACAAGGGCGUGGGUCAGGCUCCCCUAGGACUUCAUGUCUGUAUAUUUCCCCAUUCACUGCCCCGACUAUCUGAGAUCGGCCAAGAUGACUGAGGUGAUGAUGAACACCCCAUCCAUGGAGGAAAUUGGCCUCAGCCCCCGAAAGGAUGGCCUUUCCUACCAGAUCUUCCCUGACCCAUCAGACUUUGACCGCUGCUGCAAACUGAAGGAUCGUCUGCCCUCCAUCGUGGUGGAGCCCACGGAGGGGGAGGUGGAGAGCGGGGAGCUGCGGUGGCCCCCCGAGGAGUUCUUGGUCCAGGAGGAUGAACAGGACAACUGUGAAGAGACAGCGAAUGAAAAUAAGGAGCAGUAGAGUCCACGCCGGCUCCCACGGGGUCACACCAGACAGCAUCUGCACCUGAACUGUGUUCUUUCCCGCUACCAUGGAAGGAGAGCGUGAGCCACAAUAGUUCUGAAAACGUCAGAUGAUGGCUUCCGUUUUGCACCUGCAAAUCACUGAGUUGGUUUUCUUUUCUUUUCUUUUCCUUUUUUGAGAUGUCGGGCCGCGGAGCCCUCUGCAACAACGCGCCAGGCCUUUGAGAAAGGAAGCUGCUUAGAGCAGGGGUGGGGGGUGCGGGGCGGCGGGUGUCGUGGAGAUCUUUCUCUGAACUCAAGCGGGCUGGGGGCAGCGGUGGGAUUCCAGCCGGCUCUGGGGGAGGGGCGGGUGGCGGGAUGUCAAAGCUGGCAAGGAACGUCUGGGGCAAGAAAACACACAGGAGAUGAAAGAGAAAAUACACAUUGUAAAGAAAACAUUGAGCAGAGACGUGCAGCCAGGAAGUACCUACCCAGCAAGCAUUCGCUCCCGCUGCUGGGACAUCAGACAGCAGUCUUCAUCUCUCUCUGUAGUUUUGCCCACUGCCAGCCUUUGUUUUUAUUUCAGGUGUGUUGGUCUGCAGUGGGGAGGCAGGCAACGUUGAGCAGGGGAGCCUGGCUGCCUGCAAAGCCAGCUGGAGGUGAGGUGGAGACCCUCCCCUCAGACCCUGGCAGGGGCACAUGCCCCUGUAACCUGAAAGCUUUUAAAGAGGCAGCACUCUUGAGCACUCCCCUGAGUUAUCCUUUUUGCCCCCCAGCCCUUGUGGAAGUAGCGAGAGCCCUUCCCGUCCCUUCUGGAGGACCGAGGUAGAUGCUUGGACACCAAGGUCCAUCCCCAGCUGCUCCCCUCAGACUUGCUCUCCCUCUGGGCGGAGGCACAGAGCGGCAGGCUCCCCCAGGCUGGCCCUUCCUCCUCCUCACCUCCACCCUCCCUACCCUGGCACAGCAGUCAGGCCAGGGUGGCUGCCAGCCCUGCCGCAGACUCCAGCCAGCCUGACCAGCUGUGGCACCCACUCCCGCGUGGGAUCUUGGCCUGUCUUUCCAGUGGGAGCUGAGUGGUGAGCAGAGGAGGCUUCUUCUGUUUCUUGUUGGGAAAGUGAGCUUUGAUGCAGGUCCUGAGAGCUGGCAGAGCCUGGGAGCUGCUGGAUGGCGGCGACAGGCUCUCCUGCUGCAGCCUGGGGAUUGAAUUUGAAACUAAAGGGUGUCGUGAGAUCCUGGGCUUCUUCCGUGGUGUUCCUGGAUGCAGCGGGGAGGACGGCUUAGUGAGGGAGCAUCAUCCCUCCUCACCUCCCACCGACCCCUGCAAGGGCACGUUGCAUGAGAAAGCUAGCUUGGACUUAGCUUCUUAUCAUAGUUAAGAACCAUCUGGAGCUGCAGAGAUUGCAGGACAAACCCUUCAAACCAUCUCUAUGUCAGAGCAGCCCUGUGCAGCCAAGAGGUGAGCUCAAGACCCUCCCUGGGGCUGAACUCGGCCAGCAGAGGCACCCACCAUGUCCCCUCAGGGCUCUGGUCCGUCCAGGCUGAUCCCCGUUGGGACAUGCGCAUAGAGUUGUACUUAAUACCUCAAGG